AUGACGCCGGUACGAUCUCUUUUAGAGCUUACCAGAUUGGCGGAUGAACUUGUGGAACCGUUCAAGAAAAGUGGAGCGUACAAAACUAAGGCGCUCCUUAUGAAGGCUCUUGAAUGUAUAGAGGUUUAUAAGGCCAAUAAUGAUUCUAAAGACAGCGGAAAAUGCGAAGAGUCAUUUAUUUGUUAUACGGCAGCAUCGAAGCUUGUUAGUGAGAUAAUUCCAGGGACCAAUGGCUUUGAGUCGUUGAACGAGAGUACUGAUCUUGGGCAGUUUUAUAAUGAUUUGGUCGAUUACUUGGUGAGAAAGCGACCUCAGUAUGACUCUAUAAGGAUGUAUCUUCAGUCGAGGGCGAGGGUACAGAAGCCGACGAUGGCAGAGCUGUCGAACCACUCAUCAGGUGAUUCAUUGAUGCUACGAUUUAGAAGUUUGAAGAAUGGCAAUCCAUCCAACAAGUCAGACGGAUCUGACUUCCUCAAAAGUCUCUCAACUCAGUCGUUUAUCACAGUGGAGCAACUCUCCAAAGCUUUGUUGAACUUUGGUUCUUCUAUUUUCCUAAUAGACUUCCGGCGCAAGCGUGAAUUUGACCUAGAUCAUAUAACUUUGACUGACAACAUCAUUCAAUUAGACCCAGUAUCUGUUCGAGAGAACUACAGUUGUCAGGACAUUGCCGAUUAUUCCAUGGUGACCAAUACAGAUCAUCAAAAGAAGCUUUUCUUAACCCGUUCAAACUUCAAACUCGUUGUUUGUAUGGACAGUACCUCUUCAGAGAAUCACAUCUCUCCUAAAUUGCAACGACUCGUUCAUAUCCUACGACUUGAAGAUAAAUCCAAUCCACUUAUAUUGGAUGGUGGCUUUCAACGAUGGGAGGCUGUAAAUGAUCAUAUAGGUAUUCCAGCUACCGUUGACCAUUCUAUAGAGUCUGACGAUACUUCUAGUAUGGUUUCUACUUCAUACAAUGAAAGAAGGUUGAUUAGAAAUGUUAGCGAAUAUUUUGCUGCUCCAAAGACAUCCAGUAGCAGUGAUACUGUUCAUAGCUAUGCUUAUUCUUCAUCGCCAUCUCCAAUUCCAUCUUUUCAAAUGCCUAGUCAGCAGCAUCGCUUAGCGCCUUCUCUACCGAGAAAACCAAGUACUAUGCCUCCUACUAUACCUUCUACUAUGCCUCCUACGCUUGCAAGAAACCAUGACGUUACCAUAAUGACAGGACUUGUCAAUCUUCAUAACUCGUGCUACUUAAACUCAGGACUACAGUGCCUUAUGGGUACCAGAAAAUUGAUCCAGUUCUUUCUCAAUGGGAAUUAUCGAAAGCAUAUCAACAUGAACUCCAGACUCGGUUCUAAAGGCAUAUUAGCCAACGAGUUUGCAUCUUUAUGCACUCAAAUGUUUAGAAGCACGAACGAAUCAAAGCCCGCAUACAUUAAUCCCAUCCAUUUUCGAAGAGUUCUUGCUUCUUUAAACAGUACAUUUGAUAACUGUGAUCAACAGGAUUGUGCCGAGUUUCUCACCUACUUGGUAGACUCUCUUCACGAGGACUUGAACGAAAAUGGCAAUCAUCCAAAGCUUCCGGAACUUGGAAAAGAAGAGGAGCAACAAAGAGAAGCCUUGCCCAUUCGUAUUGCUUCAACUAUUGAAUGGGAAAGAUACCUCAAGACCAACUUUUCCAUCAUAGUCGACAUUUUCGAAGGUCAAAUGAUGUCUCUGUUGAAGUGCCUCCGUUGUGGAGACACUUCUACUACCUACAAUUCCUUCAGUACUCUCAGUUUACCCAUUCCAAAGAGUAGGACUGACCAAUCGUUAACCUUAGAAGACUGUUUCAAUGAGUUUGUUAGACCCGAGAUUCUUGAUGGUGACGAUAAGUGGUUCUGUCCACGUUGUAAGAGUAAACAGAAAUCCAUAAAACAUCUACGCAUAUCGAGGUUACCGCAGGUUCUAUGUGUUCAUUUGAAGCGUUUUAGAAUGGACAAUUACCUAAGCAAGAUCAACAAUUACGUGGGAUAUCCUGAGAACUUACAACUAGAUAAGUAUUGGCCUCAAGUCAAGUCAGACUUCGAAAGAGCCGAGCUGAGUAAGCUACCGGUUAGAGGACAAGUUCCUCCAUUUAAUUAUAAGCUAUUUGGAGUGAUCAACCAUUAUGGAAACCUUAUCAACGGUCAUUAUACAGCUUAUGUGAAAAAGCACAGACAUGGAUGGUGCUUAUUUGAUGACCAAAACGUCUACAAGCAUUGUAGAACGAGCAAAGUUGUGAACGGAGAUGCUUAUAUACUUUUUUACGAAAGAAAGUAA